AGAGUCCAUUGUUUACCCAUGCUUAUGCCACCUUCCAGACCAAGGACUAUGCCUUCUUCAUCAUGGAGUUUCUUAGCGGAGGAGAUCUAAGUGGCCUCAUGAGAGCCAACGCCCUAUUCACCAUUCCAGUCACCAGAUUUAUGGCAGCUGAGAUCAUCUGUGGGCUGCAGUUUCUCCACACCAGAGGCAUCAUACACAGGGACAUAAAACCAGCCAAUAUCUUAAUGAACAGCGCCGGUCACUUGAAGAUCGCCGAUUUUGGUCUUGCCGUGAUGAACAUCUUUGGGGAUAAGAAGAUCUCAGAAUAUGCCGGAACUCUUAGAUACAUGGCUCCUGAGAUUCUUCUACGGAAGCCCUACAACACGGCAGUGGACUGGUUCUCAGCUGGUGUGAUGAUAUAUGAGAUGGCUACUGGCAAAUAUCCAUUCAAUGCCGGUAUACUUCCUGAAACAAUCGAAAAGUCACUGAUCAAUGAUGUUCCCACCUACCCAAAAGGGCUCAACCCCCAAGCUAGAGACCUUAUAGUGGGGCUCUUAAACAAGUCACCAGAGAGUCGCCAGGUAGCAGUAGAUAACAUCAGGGAACAUCCGUUUUUCAUGGAAAUCAACUGGACAGAUAUAGAGGGAGCAGGAGCUCGUCCACCAUUCCAACUAGGACCAGUAAGUAAAUGA